CCACGUCUUCUCCCUCUCUAUCUCUCCCACUUGCGAGAUUAUUAGACGAAUCUGAGAAAAUCAAAUCAAACCGGUUCCGAGUCAUCGAGAAAUGGACCGGCUCAAGGAUCAAAGGCGGCCGAGGUACGAUGGCGAAGAGUCUCCGCCACCUGAAUUUGACGACGGAGAUGAAGAAGGAGGGACACCGGGGCCUUUCGCGGGAGGUAAAAUCAGGAGGAAAGCGUCUCGUUACAGAGAGCACCGUGGCGACUACCUUCACGUCUCCUCUCGUCCUGGGUUGAUGAAGAUCCUCGAGAAACAAGGUGACACGUCGAUACGAUUCGCUGAUAAGGUGUUGAAGUUCACAGGAUCGGGGAAGAUGAAGAGGCGAAUCUUCAUCCUGACGGACUUUGCAAUCUACCUGAUUGAUCCCGAGAGUGAAGCUAUGACCCGGAGGAUAGGUUUGGCAGCGGUGGAGAAGGUGUGUUUGAGCAAGUUGAGCGAUAACUUCUUCGCUGUCAUUAUCCCCACGGAGUAUGAUCUGCUCAUGGCCAGCACUCGCAAGACUGAGCUUGUUCAGGUCAUGGUUGAUGUGACUAAGAGUGCUUCUGACUAUGAGCUUGAAGUCCUUCUCUCCAACAGGUUUGAGUACAAUGCUUCUGCUUCAUUAGUGAAGGAAGUUUCAUUUGAGGAAGCUGAAGGGGGUAUCAAGACCAGUUUUAAGUGGAAGUGACUGCACCUCAUCUUUCUUUCGUUUUGGCUACUAAAAGCUCAAGUCAGGGCGGUAAUGUUGUUUAUUAUAUUCUGUUUCAUCUUGUUUUUCCUCAGACACGAAUUGUGUAACUUUUUUUAUAUUGACAAGUGUAUUUUCUACAAAAUUUAUGUAUGAAUUGAGUUCCUUUGCUAGAAAGAGACAGAUCAUUGACA